UCGGAGGACAUGCGUUUCUCAGCACAACACCGCUAACAACAACAACAACAACAACGAUCGCAAACUGAGCAACAAACAGAGAAAACCACCGAAGAUGAAGAUUUGUUGCCAAAAAGAAAAGGAAAGUCAGUUAUCUGGAAUUAUUUCGGUUAAAAGAAGGAUGAUGUCGACCAAAACACGUGUUUUGUGUUCAUCUGUCGCCACAAUAACGUCCCAGCACAAUAAAAGCUAAAAAUAUCUCUGAGACAGACAGAAGCCAUUCUAACAUUCACAAAAAGAGGUAAGAUCAGAGCAGGUGAACUGUCCUCAAGAUUUCAGCAGUGCAGUAUAACAUUAAAUGCUAUUCAGGUCAUCUGGUGAAAAUUCCUGUGUUUUUAAUAUCGCAAUAUAUAUCGCAGGGUUGAAAAAAAUCGCAAUGUUAGUUUUUUCCAAUAUCGUGCAGCCUUAAACCAAGAUGGACGCCUACUGUUACCCGUUGUUAGCUGUUAUUUAUAUUGUUAGCUGUCGUUACCCGUUGUCAGCAGUUGUUCGUUGUUGUUAGCUUUACCAACACAGUAUUUUACUCUUACAAACACCACAGCAGCGUGUUCACAGUUAGACGUUGGGCAGUUCGACAUAAACCACUAAUUUAAUUUCACAAAAACAAAAACAGAAGUGCGAAUAAAUAAAACAUGACGAGAGCUUUUACUGUUGAUGAACUGGGCUGCCAUCUUGGAUUAUGACGUUGUCGUAAAGUCGGAGUUGGCGAGGAUUGUCCCACUUUUCGACUCGGAAAUCUGAGAAUCAGGAAUCCAGACCAGACAGGAUAUAGUACAACUGGAACGCAGCAUUAAACUAAAAAAAGAAAAAUAAAUCUCAACCUCUAAAAUCAGACCCUGUUGGCGUUUGUUCGGCUCAGUGUAAAUUAGUAAAGCUAGUGUCAUGGCGCUCUGUGGCGGGAUAUCUCUGUGAUAUUUUGGGUAAAAUUAGGGAAACAAACACGGUCAGAUUUAGGAUGUAAACACGUUCAGUUCUGCUACAACGAUGGACUUUGGUGAAUGAGUCUCUGUGUUGUUCCCUGUGUUUCUGGAGUGAGCCUCUAGUGGACACUUGGGGAACUGCACUCUCAUGAUUUACCAUAUAAGGAAAUCCACUCUUAGACCAAAACUGCUUUCAGAACCAGGCUGUUUAUUUUGCUUUAGAGACGGACGUUUUUGUGGUUUCAGGACUCAAGGAGGCGCUGCGGGAGCUGCAGUGUUUAACGCUUUUUUUUUCCCCGUCCCUUUUUUGUUGUAGCACCGCCCGCAGGCCUGGAGUAUGAACUGCAAUGAUGACUUCACUUUUGUGCACUUUUCUAUUGUUUGUGUUUUUAGACUGAAGUUCAGCAAAGAGCCGAGAAGAAAGACGAACCAUUCUGUGUUUAUAUGUUUAAAUGAUUCACACAGACUAAGUGUAUUAUCUCAACCCUCAAUCUGCCGCUCCCUCCCACAGACGUCGUCCACAUCCAGGAGCUGUCGUCCAUGUUCCUGCAGGUCAAAACGGCGUUCGGUCUGCGUCUGCAGUACAGCUGGAAGGAGUUUCGUCUCUACCUGCAGGCCGAGGAGAUGUGGAAGGACGACACGGUGGGGCUGUGCGGCACCUUCAACGGCAACAUCCAAGAUGACUUCCUGUAAGUGUGCUCAGCUGACCUUUGACCCCUCCCUUACCUCCCCUCAGCGACAGGAGGAGUGAGCGUGCUCCUGUUUCAGAGGCAGAGAGGGAGGUGACGGAAAAGUGCUCUCUCUCGCUCGCUCUCACUCUCAGUAAUGCACACUGGAACGGGUGGCUCGGCAUCAAAAGCCUCGCUCUCUGAUCAGCUCUUUAAGGCGGGCCAGAUGAGCGCCCGACUGGACACGCCACUUCAACAAGGAAUUGACUGUUAGUGGAAUAGGGGCUCCACUGUACGGAGCGGUCCAGGCCGACCACGGAGGGCGGAUGUUGUCUAACAGCUGUAAAUGGAUAUACAUCACAGCCGCUGACUGAAGUGGUCGUUUACUGCGGGAAGGAAAACGGCGAUCUCCUCUCCUCACAGCUGACACUGCAGCUAAAACGCUGACUCGCAGAAUCCCUCAUGUGGUCGUUUAUCUUCAUCGAGGUUUACGGACCUCUGUGACGACAAACGUCAGAGUGAAUGAAAUACUAGAGAGGAGAAGAAGCAGCUCUCUCCUCUGAUUGGUUGAUUUCUGAUCAUCAGAUAAUGUUGUUUUAAUCACUCAGUUGUCGUACUUCCUAAACACAAACCUGAUCAUGUGACUGUAACAGCGCUUCACCUCCUCCUCCCUCCGCAGGUCUCCGUCAGGUAUGAUAGAAAGCACUCCUCAGCUGUUUGGGAACGCCUGGAGAGUCUCUUCGGCGUGCUCACCGAGUCUGAGUACGCCUCAGCUGGACCCCUGUGACACCCACCAGCAGGCCGGUCAGACUCUCACUUUUAUACAUGAAGAAAAUUAAACAGGGGAAACUGACUCGUCUAAAACAGCUGGUUAACUUUGACAAACUUUUCUGGGAACUUUUUAAACCACGUUUAUAUCAGCUUUAACUCUUUUCUUACAUGUAGCAUGAGUUACCGAGUUAACCGAGAUUAACGGCGUGACUGCAGGCAGACUAGAUUAUGUCCACCCCCUGACUGUCGGGUAGAUAAACAGUCCAGAAUCCUUAUGGGGCGCUCACACCAAGCACGAGUAAAAUCAUCUACUCGCUUCAUUCGCGCAAGCUAGACACGUGAAUGAAUAGUAUUUACUCGCUUCAUUCGCGCGUCAACGGUAAUCCCUGCCAAUUCAACCGGUGGGAUCAAGUCAUAGACCAAAGUUUUUUACCAGGUAAUCCGACCUCCUCACUCACUUUCCUCCAGGCGAGCUCCUUUUUAUUCCGGUUUCGGUAAUUGAAAGAAAAGGUAUCAUAUAAUUCGGGGCUCCCACACAGAGAGAGCAGUAGGAGUAAAAUCAUUCGCGCGAAUGAAUUACAUGUUAAGUCAAUGCAAAGAUGCGAUCAGACGUUCCUAGUACUCUGGCGGCGCCAGUGACGUGAAUUAGGCGGGAGUUAAUAAUGUCUCAACUUUAGUGGAUAUUUGUGUCGCAUUAACUAAUCAGCACGAAGGUUACUGAGUGACGUAUGAAGAUGGACGGUUGUUCACCGGUAUCUAAAAUGGAGAACAAAUUGAUCGUGUCUCUUUCAAAAAUAAGAAAGAGCUCACCUGGAGGUAGGGAGUAGGGAGGUCAGAUUAUCUGGUAAAUUGUUAAAUACCUUUGUCUAUCACUUGAUCCCGCCAGUCGAACUGGCAGGGAUUACCAGUGAAAUUACCGUUGACGCGCGAAUGAAGCGAGUAGAUGAUUUUACUUGCGCUUGGUGUGAGCGCCCUGUGGUCCGGAGAGUUUACUCACUCAGACCUUUAUGAACCCAGGACUCAGGACUGUGUGUGCAGAGGGUGGGGUAGUGACCAAAUAAUGUUGUAAAUGUAAGAACAACAAAGUAAAGCUGCAGGAAUAUUGAAGAGUUUAAUAAAAGGUGUUUUUCCUGAGUUUGUGGGUCAUAGAUUGACUUUUAUGAAGGAUAAUCUCUGAGUACAGUAAUCUCAGUAAUCUCUUUCCUCCUCUGCACUUUUCUAUCUUCAUGUUUAAAGUCUUAUUUAGUGAUUUUAAAAACGGUAAAUGUUCGUUUGCUUUAUUUGAAUUUUAUUUAUUCUUCAUUCAGAUUAAUUUAAUCCGAUUACAGCGGUCAAACCUUCCUGUCCUCUCUCUGUGUCCGUCCCUGCAGUGGCCUAUUCCUCUCAGAUGUGUGACGCCCUGAACCAGGACCUGUUCUCAGCCUGUCACGAGUACCUCAGUCCGACCCCCUUCCAUCAGCAGUGUCGCUCUGACACCUGUAAGUGUGGGACGCCCUGUCUUUGCUCGGCGCUCGCACACUACGCUCGCCACUGCCGCCGAUUCUCUGUCAUCAUCGACUUCCGCUCAAAGAUUCCCGACUGCGGUGAGUGUUUUUUUUUUAUCUCCAGAGGUUCACCUCAAAUCUGUGUCAGAGGAGGACUCAGAGAUACGCGGGUCCUGAAGGUAACCAUCUGACACUGUCUCAGAGUCUAAAGUCUGUGUUCUGGAAUCAGAGAGCUUCUGUUUAAUCUGGAGUCUGUUUUAUAAAGGAGGAGCUGAACAACUUAAAAAAACUUCAACCUCCAUCCAAAGUCUGCAGGUGGAGUCUCUUUGUGGGUGACGUAGGUUUUCAAACUGCACUUUAAAAAUAACAAAGUGACUUCCUCCACUUGUUCAGCUGCAGCCAUACUGAUUUAUUUUUCACCCUGCAGUGUUUCCUGCCCAUCUUCAGCCUUUUAACGACAAAAAUCAGCUGAUUGCACCUUUAAAGAGAUUAAUUAAUGCGUUUAUUAGAGAAAGUUGAGCUCGCUGCAGAGUUCGGUAGUUUUCUGUCUCAUUUUUUAACCCUGUCCUCCCCACAGCGCUCACCUGCCCUCCAACCAUGCAGUACAGCACCUGUGUGUCAUCCUGCCAGCGCCGUUGCUCCGCCCUCUCCGUCCCGCAUCACUGCGGGGAGGAGUGUGAGGAGGGCUGCGCCUGUCCUCAGGGAUCCUUCUACAACCAUCGAACACACACCUGUGUGCACAGGUAACGACAGGAAGGAGGAAAUACAUGAAAAAAACAAACACUUUUUAAUGUUUCAUUAUUAACGAUUUGACCCGUUUAUCUCUUUUAGCACAAAGUACCUCCAAAGUGAAACGUCUGCAAACAGAAAUAUUGUUUUUCUGCUUCAUUAUAACGUCUGAAAAUAAAGUUUACGGGGAAUUCGAGCCAAAGUUUCCUCGUUUCCUCGUUUCCUCGUUUCCUCGUUUCCUCGUCCGUUUCAUGUCCUCGUGCCUGACUGUGUGUUUGCAGCCAGUUUUCAGUAAACCGAGCCGAGGACGCUCCUCCAAACAGAUCCUCUCUAAGUGAUAUUUGUAUCUCCUGUGAAGUUUAGGUCAGCCCUUAAGUGGCGCGCUCUCUGAAUCUUCCCCGCAGACGUUACAGACCUGGGUAAUUGGGCUCUCUCUUUCAGCCUCUCCGGACUAAAAGACAUGCAGCUUAAUUCCUCUUAAAUGUCCCAGGUUUUUACGUCCUAGUGCAGAGCAGCGCCUUACUUACCAUGUGAUCGAGUUACAUCGAGGAAUUCUCUGUGAAACCCCCCUUUCAUUCCCACUCGGACACAGAUAUCUGAUAACCAGUGAGAAAGAAUUUGUAGUACAGACGCUGAUGUGUGGAGCUGGUUUAGAUCUCACAAAGCUUUCAGCAGAUUUAAGACAACACGCUAAUUUUUACAUUUUUUUUUUUUGUUAAUCUCAACAAGUGAUUUGUGUAAAAAGAUUAAAGUUCUCGGUGAGGCUGGGACACCUCAGCCGCUGAUUUCACCUCUUUAAGCCUGCUUAUCUGGGCCCUAUCCCCUUACCUGUAAUACUCUGUUUAAGGUAACACAAAGCCCUCUUUAACAUAAAUCUUUACACAAUACUGAACCCAGCAGAAUCAGAGCCUGCUGUUUAAGUAUUCAGGAGCCUCCCGGAGACCUUUUGGACGCGGUCUGACUCGGUCCUCUGUGUGGUUUUCUCCAGGAGCGAGUGUCCCUGCAGUUUCCUGGGAGCAGAUUAUGAACCUGGAGAUGUGAUCAUGACGUCAGCAGGUGUUCAGUAAGAUCUUCUCCUCCAUCUCUCACUGUCCGAGCACGCACAGAUGUCACGUUUCUGAUAUUUAAAGUAAUAAUCUCUGUUUUUUUAAUGAAUGAGAGACUCUGAGCUCCUCCUCUUUCUCUAAUAACACCGACUGAAGCUGUCAGUGAGGGUGAACCUCCUUGUUUCUCCUCAGUUUAGCCCAGUUUCAUACGGUCUCAUUUUUUAUUUUGUUGUAUUAUGUUGUUUUGUGUCAGAGCUGAAGAUGUCUGAGUUCACACACGGGUUAUUCAAAGUUUAUAAAAGUCUCAAAACGACCUGCAGUAUCUACUCUUUUGUCGUCUAUAACACUGAGAGUUGUUAGUUUUCUCUCUGAGUCCUGAAAUACUCGUCUCUGCUCCUUCAUCAUGUGUUCACCUUCAUCCUCUCAUCCUCUCUCUCUCCUCUGCAGACUCUGUGUGAACGGUAAACUGGUGUCCCAGACAGCUGACAGUGGUGAGUCACAUGAUCAGAACAGGUUCAGUUCCUUAUAUGGUGUAAUCUAUGCUCAUGGAAAACCUGGAAAAGUCCUUGAAUUCCAAACCUGACUUUGAAAAUGGUUCAUAAAUAUUUUAUAGUAUCAUUGUCUCAGCUCGCCCUGACACUCUCCUGACCUCCUCCUUCAGACAGGUUGUGUCCGGCUGGUCAGCUCUAUCAGAACUGCUCGGAGGGAGAGGACGGCGUCUCGUCAGGAAGGGGCGUGGCCUGCGAGCGAACCUGCGAGUCCUAUCUUCUCAACCUCACCUGUUCUGCACAUGAACCCUGUGUGGCCGGAUGUACCUGUCCGCCCGGGUGAGUGAAAACCAGACCGUCUGUUUUGGUCAGGUGUGGUCUACUCUGACGAUGCUGGACGUCAUUUUCGUGUUCGUGGUCAUGUGAUUCAGGAUGCUGCCGCUGAAGAUGGUGACCUUCAGAGAUGAGUGUUGGUUAAACUCUGAGUCACUGAGGCUUGGUGGAGGGCCGGUUAAAGACGGGAAUAAUGUCACAUGAGGCCGGAAUAAUCCUCUGACUCUUCCUGGCAGCAGGUCGAGCGUGAAAAGUCCCUGUGCUUAGUGAUGCUGAGGGGAGGGGAGGGGAGGGCAGGCAGGAGGCGGGUCUUUACCUGGUCACUGACUUCGACUGAGAGUGACUGAGAGUGAGAUUUAUACAGACAGGAGACGUCUGAGAAAUGUUUCCAAGGAGAUAAAAUUAUGGGAUAAGUGAGUAAAAGAGACAAAAGGACUGAUUUUAAAGGAACUUCACAGAAGUUUAAGUUCAGCCUGCAGAGCGUCUCUGUGCUGAAAUCAGCUGUCAUGAAUCCAUUUUAGGGUAAACCGUCCCAUACAAAUAAACUUUAUUUCAAAAAGCAUGAAGUUAACAAACUUCGGCACAAACAGCCACAUGGAGUCGGAGUCAUAUCGAGUAAAAUUACAGUAAAAAAUACUGAAAAAUACUGUAAAAAUACGGUAAAAAAUACUGUAAAAAAGAGUAAAAUUACAGUAAAAAAUGCUGUAAAAUACUGUAAAAAAGAGUAAAAUUACAGUAAAAAAUACUGAAAAAUACUGUAAAAAAGAGUAAAAUACAGUAAAAAAUACUGAAAAAUACUGUAAAAAAGAGUAAAAUUACAGUAGAAAAUACUGAAAAAUACUGUAAAAAAGAGUAAAAUUACAGUAAAAAAUACUUUAAAAAUACUGUAAAAAGAGUAAAAUUACAGUAAAAAAUACUUUAAAAAUACUGUAAGAAAGAGUAAAAUUACAGUAAAAAAUACUGAAAAAAUACGGUAAAAAUACGGUAAAAAAUACUGUAAAAAGAGUAAAAUUGCAGUAAGAAAUACUGUAAAAAUACUGUAAAAAAGAGUAAAAAUACAGUAAAACUACAGUAAUUAUACAGUAAAAAUACAGUCCCCUGAGAGCAGGAGGGAACUGUGGCACCAGAGUCAUAUUCAGACUUCCCAGUGAUGAUGACCACAGAGUCCACCAUAAAUAUGAAGAUGUGUGUCUCUAAAGUUCGAUGGUCAGUUCACAUGACAACAUCAGAAAGAGACGCAGCUCGCCAAACUAAUAAAAUAAUUUAUAAUAACAGAAAAAUGAAACAACGGAGAAAAGACGACAGGCCAAGAUCUCCAAUAUUAGCACUUUUCUCUGACAUAAACAUGUGUUCACACUGAGCCUUCACAAUACAGCCUGUGAAUAUUACUCCCACAGUACUACAAUUAUCAUAAUCAUUACUAUUAUUACUGUUGUCAUAUCAUAAUUAUCAUAAUUAAAAGAUCAAUCGAUCAGGAGCUGUCAGAGGCUGUGAACCUCAUGUCAUUGAGGUUUGAAGAGACUUCUCUGAGUGUCAGUUUGAGACAUUUGUGUUGCUCCUCACCAACUUGGACUGAGAUCAUAUGUGAUGAUGAGUCUUAGAUCAUCUGUUGGAGACAAUCGUCCUCACAGUCAGCAGAUGAGCUGGACUGAUAUCAGGGCUGGAUUACAGUAAUCUGAUCUCUAUAAUCCCGAGUGAAGUGGUUUCAGUCUGAGUCAUCAGCCCAGAGUUUGUCUGGAGACAAAACGCACAGACAGCAUCAGUCAGCGCACACACAGGCUUAUCAAUCAAUCAGUCAAUCAAUCAAUCAAUCAAUCAAUCAAUUUUUAUUUGACACUUUGCAACAAUCAGACAAACAGGAGCGCUCCAGCCCUCAGGUGUUAGACACGCCCACUCAAACACAGGAUAUAAAAUAACGACCAGGUGAGAAAAUGAGAAUGUAAUAGUUUUUUAAAGACAUGAUUUAUAAACUUCAAGUUUCAAUAGAAAUACUUCAGAAUAUAGUACUUCAUAUAGAUACAUAAAUACUUCAGAGUACUUCAUAUAAAUGUGAUACAUUUGGUAUUUUAUUUAACGUGUGUGUAACUUUGGACAAAUAUAUAAGCGAGAACUCUGCUCAGUAUCUGUCCCAAUAUAAAGUAAAAAUGUUUUAUUGAUAUGAAGCCAAACAUCUUUUAUUGAUAUGAAGUUAUCUUGAAUUUUGUCACAGGGAACACAGGAAAUCAUUGAUGCUCUGUUCAGAAUUCUGCUUUUCUUUAUAGAAACUAAAGUUAAAUAUUUGGUUAAAAGUAUAACACAUAAAUAAAACAUGUAAACAGUCUGAGUUUGUAUCAGAGACACAAGAGAAAAGGUCGGACAGAAACAGAGACUGGAGGUGUUUUUAGAAAACUCGUCUUCACUGACGUCACUGUGAUUCAUCGCUUCCAUGACCUUUUAUUGGAUGAAAAUCUUACAAACUCUAAAUCCCAGACAGUCGGUCAUGGUGCAGGUCUGAAGGAUCCCAGGAACCUGAUAGUUUGACUUUAAUUUGGUGGUAAAUGUGGACAAAGAGACUUCAUUCAGAGGUGACAGCUGAAGGUCAAAAGGCAGUGAGAUGGUUAGCUGUGAGGGAUCAGGAGAUACUCCAACUAUUCUGUUUAUUUCUGUGUGAUGAACCCUGAGAAGAUCAGCAGAUGUUCCCUCUGUCUGAACAACACUGCAGUGAGAUGAUUGUGACAGAGGGAACAACAACGAAAACCCGGUCUGAAGGUCCGCUGUGAGGCAGGACCCGAAAACCUCUGAUGAGGAAUAAUUAGUGGAGGUGCUGACAGGAGACUCGGUUGUGUUUCAUUCACAAUGGCUCGCUGUGUUUAUGAUCAAAAUGUCGACUAUUCAUUCCUUCCUCCGUCUGUGACAAUUAGUCCAGCUGAGCUCAUAUGAAACUGGACCUUCAGGUGCAGAGCAGAACCAGGCGGCAUACCAGAGUGGUUUCAGUAUGGUCAUGGAAACGGCGAGGAGCAGGAGUCUGCAGAGAAGAUGGCGAUCCUUCAACACCGAGAGCAUUUUUGGUUUCUGUUGAAGGACCUCAGGUGGGCCACCCCAGUCGACACGGUCUGGUUCAGACCCUCAGGUCCAGGUCGCUCUAUGUCUAAUCUAAGAGUCGGUUCCUCAGCAGAGAGAUGUGAAGUGUUUUUGUAGUUUGUUCUGGAGUGAAACGGCAGCAGACCAGGAUCCAUGUUUCCAAAGCAGAGAUGUGACAGUCUGCAGGAGUGAUGGAGUCCAAUCAGUCCAUUAGCCUUUCAGAUGAGCAGAUAUGAGCUCAGAUUACCUGCUGUGAUCCUUUUAGCAGAGGUGAAGUUCUGAGGCGGUGAUCGUGUGUUUGAGCGAUGGUCUGACUGUAUCACACACUUUCUCUGUCAUACAAGAAAAGUUCAGCUUUAAACCCUUUACCUGUCCUAAAUCGACCCGAGAAAUGAAGAUUAAAUUAUGGCCUACAGGGGGCGACGAUCAAUCAGGAAAAUAGACUAAAAACCACCUCAAGAUGAAACAUGAACAGCUGACUGAAGCAGAAACUCAUCUUAAUAGACCCAAACUUUACUUUACUAAACUUUACUUUACUUUACUGUUCUUUACUGUAUUUAACUUUACUUUUACUGUACUGGACUUGAUUUUGAUUUACUUUAUUUCACUUAACUUUGCUUUACUGUAUUUAACUUUAUUGUACUUAACUUAAAUUUGCUUAACUAUACUUUACUGUACUUUUCUUUGAUUUACUUUAAUCAACUUAACUCUACUGUACUGUACUUUAGUGUUUUAUUGUAGUUUACAGGAGUUUUCUUUACUGUAUUUAACUUAACAGUACAGCACGUUACUAUACUUUACUGUACUGUACUUUACUGUACUGUAUUUAACUUUACUUUACAGUACUUUGCUGUAUUUAACUUUACAGUACUUUGCUGUAUUUAACUUGACUUUUCAGUACUUUACUGUACUUAACUUACAUUUGCUUAGCUAUAAUUUACUGUACUUUUCUUUAAUUAACUUUAAUUUACUUAACUUUACUUGACUUGACUAGACUGUACUUAACUUUACUAUUUUUAAUGUACUAAACUGUACUUUACUGUAUUUAACUUUACAGUACUUCACUGUACUUAACUUGACUGUACAGUACUUCACUGUACUUAACUUGACUGUUGAGUACUUUACUGUACUUUACAAACCAAACAUAGCCAGUUCUCUGCAGUCGCCUUAUAACUGAUUGAAGUACUUUUGAUGACGGUACUGUAGACCCUGACCCCGCCUCCUCCGGCUCUGAUAAAUGUGGUCUUCAGUGGGACUCCUGCUCUCCAAAGAUGACUCCUCCUCCUCUCUGUGAAAUUUGAUCCUCCUCAGUUUUUUUAAUUAUUAUUAUCUGUUAGAUUUAAACCCUACUGAGUCCUGUGGUUCUGAAAACGUCUUCUGAGCGUGGAUGUGGGUCUGGAGCAGAGAUGAUUCUGGAGGCUUUGAUCAGAAUACUCGAUACGGCGGGUUGGCGGGCGGAUAAAGGAAGCUGUUAGCGGGGUUUUAUCUGCGAUGUAACUCUACUCAGAUGAACCUGAGGUUUGUGUCGGGACCAUUCAGUUUGUCACUUCAGUGUCUGCAGCUCAACUCGGGAUAUUACAAGAUACUUAUCAGCCCCGUCCUGCAGAGUGGAGAGCAAAUGGAGGCGUCCAGACAAAGACGGUUUCUCUCUGUAUCUCUGAGAAUCCUAAUUGUCUGGUUUUCUCAUGUAGCCAACAAGUGUUAGCGCUUUUCAUCCGCAGCUGCCCACCCCCAAACUCUCGCUCUCUCUGGUUUCCUGGGAUUGCUCUGAAUCUGUUGGAGAAGAGUCCACAUAUCAGGAGGGAAGGUUCUGGUACGGCUGGGCAGCAUCUUAUUAGAUUGAAUAAAAGAUAAUGUUACUGUGCAGUACGGAGGAGAAACGUUUGGAUGAUUUUAGGGACCAGGACUGACAGGAGAACUACAAAACAUUAGAGAUACAGUUUUUGACAUUAUCAAAAUUUAAAAUAGGAAAUAUGAAAUCACGCCAAAAGUUCAGACAGCAAAGAGAGGUCAACGGAAAGAAAACGUUUUUACGUUGUUACAGAUUAAUGCAUUUGUUCCUCACUCUGAAAACUCCUCACUGUGUCUUUAAACUUUGAAAUAACAGAUGUUUCAUGACCUGGAUCAGUUCGUCUCAGACUCCUACAGCUGAUUUCAGGUCAGUUAGUCGAUCCAUGAAAAGUCUAACAGGUUUGUUUGUUUGUUUUCUCAGUUUACUGAAACAUGGAGACGAGUGUUUCGAACCUUCAUCCUGUCCUUGUCUGUGGAAAGGAAAAGAGUAUUACCCUGGAGAGAGAGUCUCCUCCCCCUGCCAUCAGUGGUGAGACAUCUAUCUAUCUAUCUAUCUAUCUAUCUAUCUAUCUAUCUAUCUACCUUCCUUCCUUCCUUCCUUCCUUCCUUCCUUCUUUCUUAUCUUCCUUCUUUCCUACCUACCUUCCUUCCUCGACCCCUUCUUCCUCCCUUCCUUCUCGUCUUCCCUUCUCCUUCCCCUUCCUUUCUCCCUCCCUCCUUCUUUCCUUCUUUCCUCUCUUCAUUCCUUUCUUCCUUCCCUUCUUCCUUCCCUUUUUCAUUUAUCCCCCCCUUCCUUCAUUUUUCCUUCCUUCCUCCCUUCCUUCCUUCCUUCCUUUCCUUCUUCCUUCAUUUUUUCUUUCUUCUUUCCUCCCUUCCUUCCUUCCUGCCUCCCUUCCUUCUUCUUCUUUCCUUCCUUCCUCUCUCUUCCUCCCUUCCUUCAUUCCUCCCUUCCUUCCUUCCUUCCUUCCUUCCUCCCUUCCUUCUUCUUUCCUUCCUUCCUCUCUUCCUUCCUCUCUUCAUCCCCCUUCUUCCUCCCUUCCUUCUUUCUUUCCUUCCUCUCUUCCUCCCUUCCUGCCUUUCCUACCCCCCUUCCUUCUUUCUUUCCUCCCUUCCUUCUUUCCUCCCUUCCUUCUUUCCUUCCUACCUUCCUUCCUUCCUUCCUCUCUUCCUCCCUUCCUUCUUUCUUUCCUUCCUCUUUUCCUCCCUUCCUUCUUUCCUCCCUUCCUUCCUUCCUCCCCCCUCUCUUCCUCCCUCCCUUCCUUCCUCCCUUCCUUCUUUCCUACCUUCCUUCCUUCCUUCCUCCCUCCUCUCUUCUCUCUUUCUUUCCUUCCUCUCUUCCUCCCUCCCUCCUUUUCUCUUUCCCUCUCUUCCUCCCUUCCCAUUUUUUCCUUCCCCUCUUCCUCCCUUUCUUCUCUCCUACCUCCCUCCCUCCCUUCCUUCCUCCCUUCCUUCUUUCUUUCCUUCCUCUUUUCCUCCCUUCCUUCUUUCCUCCCUUCCUUCCUUCCUCCCCCUCUCUCACCUGUCGCUCUCAUGUAUUUUUUCAUCCUUCCUCCUGAUCCUCUGUAAACCCUCACCUCUUACAUGUUUUCGGUCUGAUCUCCAUCAGUGCGUCUCCUCGUUUCUCAGCGUCUGAUUGGUCGUGACAGUGAAGACCCCCUCAGGUGGUCUGAGCAGCAGAAGAGUCCACCUGAUAUCUGAACCGCUCGGUUAUCAGAGGACAGAGAGAGUCGUGGAAACAGAGAAACUCUUUGAUUCCCUCUGGUGAAAGGAAACUCUCUCCUGAUGAUCUCAGUCUUUCUCCUAACCUCCCAUCUCUCCUUCACGCCGUAGUCGGAGAAGAUGAUGUAGAUGACAGCCUAAUGAGCGCCGAUUCAGCCGUCCACUUCUCCGCCGGCUGUAAACCCGAGGCGCUUCACAAAAAGACUCUAUUAGAGGAGAAAAAACGCUCGGGAACAAAGUGGGAACAAGUUGUUGCUGAAUGGCUGAAGCUCUGCUCUCUUUGUAGUGUUUGCCAACAUGGGACCUUCCAGUGUGACUUCCAGCCGUGCCCGUCCAUGUGCAUGGCCUACGGAGAUCGCCACUACAGGACGUUUGACGGACUGCUGUUUGACUACGUGGGCGCGUGCAAAGUCUACCUCGUGAAGGUACUUAAAGUCUUUAUUCCCAGAGGAGCCGCUUUACUUCUUAUUUAGUAGAAGUCUUCCUGUUAAAAUGUUUUUAUUGAUUUCAAUCAGAGAAACACUUUGAUCACAUGACGCAGACAAAGUCGUACCUACAGUUUAACUCCUCCCCCUUUAACCCUCCGUACUUCCUGUCCCUCAGAGCAGCGCAGACGUGAUGCUCAGCAUCGCCGCCGAGAACGUCGACUGUUUCGACAGCGGCCUCAUCUGCAGGAAGUCUCUGUUGAUCAACAUCGGGAGGUCCUACGUGGCGUUUGAUGACGACACGGGGAAGCCGGUAAGAGUCUCUGUGGACGGGUUUUAUACUUCGACACAUUUUUAUAAAAGUUUUCUUUUCUUCGCUCGUCCACCAGAUCUAAACUGUCCUCUGUCCCCCUCAGAACCCGUCCAGUGUGAUCGACCGUAAGCAGAGGAUGUUCAUCUGGCCAGCAGGAUACUACACUGUGGUCCACUUCCCAGAGGAAGACGUCACCCUCCUCUGGGACCGCAAGACCACCGUCCACAUCCAGGUCGGACCUCGCUGGCAGGUGAGACGUUUUGUGGCUCAUGAAACUACAUUUCCUUUCAAAGCUGCAUCUUUUCCUCCUGACCUUGUUUUCUCCUGGUUCGUGUUUUCAGGGGAAGCUGAGCGGACUGUGUGGAAACUUUGACAUGAAGACGGUGAAUGAGAUGCGGACGCCGGACAACAUCGACUCUCCGACUCCUCAGGAGUUUGGAAACAGCUGGACGGCUGCAGAGGUGAGUGACAGAGAGCCAACACGACGUCAACACGACGGCGAAGCACGGCGAGUCUGAGCGGUGAAGUUUCACAGGCUGAAAAACUGUGAAAUGCUCCUUUAUCAGGUUGAAGAUACACUCAAAGGUUAACUUCAGUUCAUCUGUGUGUGUGUGUGUGUGUGUGUGCGUGUGUGUGCGUGCUCAGUGUGUGAACAGUCCUGACAUCAGACACCCCUGCAGCCUCAGUCCUCUCAGAGAACCCUUCGCCAAGCGUCAGUGUGGCGUUCUGCUCAGUGAGGUUUUCCAGGCCUGCCACCCGGUGGUGAGUAAACAGACGACUCAGCAGGUCUGCGGUCUCUUCUCUAAACUCUGGAGACCCUCAUGUUGAACGUCACAGUCCCCUCUGAUCCAUCUUCACUCAAGUUUAUUAAAAAAAACUUUUCCUCUGAUUUGAUUGGAGGAGAUCAAACUUAAACACGCCGCUGUGAUCACUAAUAAAGCGUUUUUAUUUCCAGGUGGAUGUGACCUGGUUCUACAUGAACUGCCUCGCCGACACGUGUGCCUGCAGUCGUGGAGGAGACUGCGAGUGUUUCUGCACCAGCGUGGCGGCGUACGCUCAGCGCUGCUGCCACCAGGGCGUCCCCGUGGACUGGCGCUCCCCGUCUCUGUGCCGUGAGUCCGACCCCAGAGAUAAAAACCGAUCUCUGUUUUAACCUGAUAUCUCUGCUAACUUCCUGUCUGCUUCUCUCUGCAGCGAACGACUGUGAAUACUACAACAAAGGUAAGAUCUGAAACAGGUGAACAUGAUUCAACUGAGCAUGUGCGAGCGCCAACAUGUCCUCCUUCUCCUCCUCCUGUGAACAGUUCUGGGUAAAGGUCCGUUCAGGCUGACCACCUUCAGAGACCGGACAGCCUGGUUAGCAGCCAGCAGGUCCAGCGGUUUGGUGUUCCUGCAGAAAGGCAACCUCAGUGACAUCACGGCGCCCCGGGUCCUCUCGCAGUUCAUGAUGACGCCCGGCCUCAGCAGAGCCCGCCCACACGGUGAGUUUUUCUCACACACGGCUGACUUUGGCUCCUUGUUUUUAAAGUUCAGUCAAACUGUCAGGAAUCCUGAAGUGAUUUUUAACUCCUGAAGUUUAACAAACAUCGAUCAUGUUUUCAGGACGAGUUUCUUCCAACUUCCAAGGUCAAAAUAUUUUUAAACCGUCACGACCUUGAGAUAACCGUCCUCGCUCUAAUCAGUACAAGAUUAGAGGAUUAUAAUUCACUUUAUGUCGACAUUUCCCGAUCAUCUCUCAUGCUGCCCGUCUUCUAACCGACACUAACAGACGUGAGAACAUCACUCCUGUCCUCAGCUCUCUUCAUCGUCUUCAUCGUCUUCUCGUCUCUUUUAGGAUCUAUUUUAAACUUUUAAAGUUUGUUUUUAAAGCUUCUAACGGUCUCGCCUCCGUCUAUGUAACUGAGCUUUUAACCGUUCAGGAGCUCUGAGGUCGUCAAACCGACUUCUGCUGGAGGUGUCCAGGUCAAAACACAAACACUGAGGUGACCGAGACGUUUCAGCCGCUGGUCCCAGACUCUGGAAUAAACUCCGAAAUGAGACUUAUCUCUGACCUGGACCUUUUUAACUCCCGAUUGAGAACUCAUUUAUUUAUGCUGACUUUAAUACCCAGUAGUGCAGUGACAUUUUAAUUUAUUGCGUUGUAUUUUAUUCUUCUUUUAUUGUUUUUAUUUAUUCAUCUUUAUUUUCUGUUGUAAAGCACUUCGGUUCACCUAAAGGGUUGUUGUAAAGGGCUGUGUGAAUAAAGAACAUUUACAUUUACACAAAAACUGACCUUUUAUCUGAACUGUGUUUCAGGAAAAUUCAUUUAUUAACUGUAUUUUAAAGAAACGACCUCACAGGAUCAAACCCACUCUGACUCAGUACUAAAGCGGCGUGCAGACUGAAGUUUGUCGGCGUGCUCCUCCUCCUCCUCCUCCUCCUCCUCCUCAGUUUCCUCUGCGUUCAGCAGUGUUUGGGAUGAUUUAAGUGUCUCUGUAGAAACACUGAAGGAGGAGAUGGACUUCAGGGGCAGACCGGUUCACAGAUCAGAUUACUAAAUGCUAAAACAGGAACUUGAUCUGCGGGUUUGUCUGAGAGCCAAGGCUGGGACUUAAACUGAAGUCCUGUACUCCUGUAGUUCUUUAAUCGGUUUCUUCUUUAAAUCCAGUUCAUGUUUCAUCCUGUUUCUCUGCGGAGUCUCAUAAAGUACUCAUAAAUAUCUUGUUCUGGUCUUCACAGACACGUCCCGGGUCUCCUUCGAGUCCACAGACCGGCCAAACUACUUCCUGCAUGCGAGCCCCAGAGGCCAGGUGAGGCUGGCCAAGUGGGAGGACAGCGAGGCGUUCUGGGACGGAGCCACCUUCGUCCUCCACAGGAACACCUGGGUACCCGGGUAUGACUCCCUGGAGUCCCACGCCAAACCCGGGUUCUUCCUGUACGCCAUGCUGCCCCGCCUCCAUCUGCUCAAACACAGACACACCGAGAGUUUCCGCAAGGCCACGCUCUUCAGACUCGCAGGUCAGCAGAAACCACUGAGAGGUCUACAGAGAGAGUCCUGACAGAGAACCUGGACCUGGAGUAAAACCAGAUUAUUAACAGACUUAGUGAAUUCUGGGUUUCAGCUAUAGAAGGGUAGGAGACUCUGGUGGUUUCUCUGCAGGUGAACUCGGUCCUCAGCUCCUCUUUCUUCAGUCAAAGGUCACGACCAAGAACCUCUGAACCCACAUGUAUGUUCUCCUGAAAGAUCACUGCGUCUAAAAAUACAGCAGAGUUUGUUUGAGUUGGUGGAAAAGUGGAGGAGCCAGCAGCAGAUCCUGUUUCCUCUUAGAGCAGCUUCCUAAAUAAACGACAUGUCUGCUCCGUGAAAACAGCGAGUCUUUACCCAGAACCUUUAAUCAUGGAGGCAGACGCUAACCUGAACCCUCUGAGGGACUUUAACCGACUUUAUGACAGCGCUUUGACCUGCUGCAAAACACACGAGAGUUUUUAAGAUACAGUAUUUUAUCUGUUUGAAAUGAUCAUUAUCAAUCAAUCAAUCAGUCUUUACUUAUAUUGGACUUUUCAUACAAAAAACGAUGUAGGACAAAGUGUUUUACACAGCAAAGAAACAAAGAAACAAAGAAAACCCAAAUCUAACCCAACCCCUCAUUCCCACCACGCAAUCUGAGCUCAACAGAAACAGAAUUAAAAUACAUGAACUUAAAAAGGUUUGAUUUCAUAGAAACAGGAAAGUGAGCACUGAGGAAACGCUGUUUUAAAACUCAAGAUGAUGAAACACUGGAGGUUAAAAAUCUAAAAACAAAGUAAGAGAAUGAAAUUUAAGAAAUGAUUAAUAAAAUUAAAUAAAAGCAACAACAAAGAUAGUAAAAUAAGAGCACCAAGAAAAGACGAUCCUGUCAUUCAAAUUAGAAGAGAUAAAUGUUAAAACAUUUAAAGUUGAUGAUAUAAAAUUUAGAUAAAAGAAAAACUGAAAAGGUUUGUUUUGAGUUUGGUAUUAAAAUCAUUAAGAUUAUCAUUUUAUUUACUUAGUCGACCAGGAAAAACGUCUAUAAAUCAACAUUUGAAGGGUUUAAUCAACUGAGACACUCAGAGGUUAUUAAUACUCUACUGUAAAAUAUGUAAUGAGUAAAAACUCAGACUGUGACAUUUUUAAAAUCAGGUUAAUCACAGAAGCUUAACAAUCAAACACAAUUGACCUUAUUAAAAAAAUAUUUAUUUGAUUAAGAGUCUAACAAUUGUCAAAUUCUGUUAAUUUUCACUUUGUUCACGUUCUCCUGAGUUAAAAAAGUAAGGAGCACAAAGACCUUUAGAGAAAACGUUCAGUUUGUUGAUCCUGAGGGCCGACACAGUAACAGUAGUAAACUGUGCGUCCCUUUAGAGAAGACAGUGGAGGUCUAAAUCUGAUCUGUCCUCUCAGCUCCCAGCCCGGACUCUCCUCCUGGUCCUCGAUGUCAGUGGAGGUACGACUCCUGCGUCGUCCCGUGUUUCAAGACCUGCAGUGACCCGAGAGCUGAAGCCUGUGUCAGCAUCCCAGAGUGAGACCUUUGACCUUUAGUCCUCCAAGUUUACAGACCGGUUUCUCCCAGACCUCUUUGACUCACGAUCUCUGCUGUCUGUCUGUGUCUGCUCAGAGUGGAGGGCUGCCUGCCUGUCUGCCCUCCUCACAUGGUCCUGGACGAGGUCACCCGCCGCUGCGUCUACGUCGAAGACUGUGAGUGUCACAUGGUCGCAGACGUUAAACUUGUUCCUUGGAGGGUGCGGUGUCAGGGGGUUUCGGUUACGACUAGAUAGAGAAUCACAUGAAAACCACGACCUCCCAGUUUGGCGGUCUACAUAAGUCUAGAAGCUCUGACCCGUUUUUUAUCGCUUCUGUCGUCAGGCAUCAAGGUCCCGGUUUCCUGGCAGCUUCCAACGCCAUCGACCGCUCAGCCGACCUCCACAGCUGUCUCCUCAUCGACCGCCAAAGACGCCGCCGCUUCAUCCACCUCUGUCAAGACCACGACCACCACAGCAGCGUCCUCCAACCCUCUACACUCAGCUUCAUCCACCUCCUCCAAAACCAGCACAGCGCCCCCUGCUGUCAGCGCUCAGACAGCAACGUCUAAGUCCCCGUCUGCUCCAGAGGAACCGCCACGUCCAGUCACCAGUCCAGCUCCUCCUGCACCUCCGGAGGUUCCCAGAACAGCAGGACCUCCAUCAGCUGUCAGUCCAGCGGAGGCGGUGUCUCCUGAAGCCUCAGCGACCACAGAAACAUCUCAAACUUCAGGGACAUCUGGAGCUGUGAGGUCUACCAGCAACCCCUUUGGUCCAAGUACGUCCAGAACCAGCAGCGCCCCCUUCGCCAUCACGUCUGCGCUCUGGCUCACCGCCACCACCAAACCCUCCGACUUCUUCAAACCGUUCUUCACCUCCACCACUGAAACCUCAAAGUCAUCUACAGCUGAAGGACCAACCAGAAGCUCCGCCCCAGAGUCCACCACCAUCACAACCUCCUCCCCUAAAGAGACCUCAGGAGCUUCAUCUCCAUCUACACCAGUUCCUCCAGCAGAAACCAGGACCAGUCCAAGUUCUGCUCCAGUCUCAGAGACGUCUCCAGAGAAGACCACUGUUCCCAGUCCAGCUCCCACUGAGGUCAGCACAAAACCAGCGACCGUGGAGCAGCCUCCUCCAACCACGACUGCAGUUAUCCAGCCCAGCACCGCCUCCUCCUCCACCUCUCCACCUCCUCCUCCCAUGUCUCCACCUGUUGGAGAUGGAACCACGUCUCCACCUCCAGGUGAUUCGGUGAGAACCUCAGAGUCGGUCUCGUCUGGAGCUUCUCUCUCCACAAGUCCAGAACCAACACCAGAACCCGUUUCCACAGAGGAACCUCGUCACACUUCUCCACCUGAACCAGACGUUUCUCCAACAACUGUUCAGGAGUUAUCAUCUUCAGCAGCUACACCUCCUCCAGCACCAACCACGACCUCCACGACCUCAGCUGCUACAGACUGGAGAACAACGACCACAGAGAGACCCACCACACCUGGAUCUGAAACAUCUGCAGCUACCACAACAGCUGCACCUCCACCUUUGAGGACCACAGAAACCACAGCUUCUCCUGCAUCCACCACCACCACCACCACCCGUUCUGAGAGGACCUCCUGGUCUGUCUCCAUCUUUACACCAAAGGAGACCACAACGUCAGGACCUCCAGAGGUUCCAGACAAGUCCACAAGACCUUCUGUGACAACACCACCAACAAGACCGACCUCCACCGUGCCUCCUUUACCAACGACAGAGAGCUCCACCCAGACCCGGUCCACCACCCAGACCUCUGAGCCACCAGAGUGGGGGGUCACUCAUCGGGAAACGUCUCUGACCCCGGUCUACAGUCCAACAAUGAAGACCACACCAGAGUCCACGUCUGAAGACACCACCCCCGCCCUCACACAGCUGCCCCAUCUCCCUGCUACACCCAAGCCUGACGUCACCUCUGCUGCAUCAUCUGCUGCGACCACGACCACGACCACGACCACGACCACGACCACGCCCAGGUCUACAGCCGCCCCUGAAACCUCAGAAACCUCAACGUCAACUACCAAGACUCUGGACACACCCGGUCCUGAACCCGGCUCUCCUGAGACCACGGUGUCCACAGAUGCCACGCCCACCCUCGUUUCCACCACCCUCAGACCCGGAGAUGAACAGCCGGUCGCUCAGACGACACAUCCGCCCACCAGCAGGGCGGAGGUGCAGACAUGGUCGACCACCAAGCUGCCGCCAUCUUGGUCUCACACAGCUGACUCCACUACAGGUCCGAGGUCCACGGCGGUCCAGGAUAGAGUCACCACCAGACCGGUCUCCACCUCAAGAGCUGCACCUGCACCAACCACCACCACCCACAGAGGUCCUGUGACCUCCCGAGUGACCACGAGAACCACGUCCACUCAGAGGUCCACCGUCAGGCCCAUCACUGCCAGGGUUACCGUAGCAACAAGACCUCCAGCUGUAACCACCAGACCGACCACUCUUGGAUCCCCGACUGUCCCGCCGUUCUCUGACACAACGACCACACCAGGAGCUCCACCUGCACCGUCCACGGAGUCCAGAUCGACAGAGGAGACCAGAACAACCACAGCAGGUCCUGGCCCGACCUCUGUGACCCCCCCACCGCCUGUCCCCCCUCAAACAACAGUCCCGACAACCACAGCUGGUCCUGCAGAGACCACCAGAGACACAUCAACAUCUGAGGAAACCCCUAAAGUGUCUCCGUCCACUAUCAAAGCUGAAACAUCUCCACCUGAAGCCCCCAGCUCCUCCACCCUGCAGCCUGAUACUCCCACUUCCUCUACAACCUCAGCACCAGCAGCAGCCACCUCAGAACUGGACCGAGUGGACCAGGACCGAGUGGACCGCACUAGUCCAGGCGUGACGACACCAACCGCUACAGCUUCACCUCCAUCUCCUCUGGAAACGACCAGACACACCACAGAGGAGAGGAGGUCCACGCCUGCUUCACCUACAAGGAUGUGCACCGUGAGUAAAAGUGCUUCUUCUCAUGAGCUCCGUUUGAUUCUCCACUCAGAGGUCCGAUUAUUUUGUUCUGAACUAAGAGUGUGGCGUUUUUCAGAAUAGAAGUCACAGCCAGCCAAUCACAACCAAGUUAGAAAGAUGAACUGAAGCAGAGGGCGUGUCCCACAGCAGAAGAUCUUCUCCAUCUCUGGUUUCUCUUCACCUUUAAAUCUUCCUCUCGUUGAUCAUUUCUACCGUUUAAGAAACAUUAGUCAUGUUGACAUCAGCAAAAUUACUCGAUCCGAUUAAAAAUUUGAGGGAUCAGAAAAUCUGAAUCUGCUGUUUAUACGGGCGCAAAAUUGAAUCACAGAGUGUCUGAUUUCUCUAAAACAACCACAGAAGAAGAAGAAGAAGAAGAAGAAGAAGAAGAAGAGUCGUAUUUCUGCCUGUUCUGUCAACAAACCAACAAACGCCGUAGUGGUUCACUUCAUCCAAUUCAGGAGUUUCCCUUCUGUUAAAUGUUGUCACUAGAUGGCGCCCUCAUGUACUAAUUUUACUGUCCUGUCAAAGGUUGUACCGUGCGUGCAGGUGUGACAUCAUCACGCUGUUUGUACGCCUCGUUAAGUUACCGGAGGAGCAGACGUGACUCCUGAGUGUUGAUGAUAAAACCUCCUGAACUGACCUCGAUAAAUAAAGAGUGAAGACGGAGUCAGGUUAGAGAGUCACGAUCGGAAUAAGUCUUUACAUGGACCAAGUUUCGGAAUAACGAUCGGCUGAAACCACCUCUCUCGAUCAGAAUACAAUUUCUCUCCGAUUGAGACGAAUUGGAUCAGAAUCUUCCGAUCGACGUGUUUAAAUGACGCUUUUUUAUUCCGAUUAUUUAUGCCCAUGUAAACGCAGCUAGUGAUCAGAUGGUGGCGUUUAAAUCAGUUUCCUCAUUUACACACGAGUUCUAAUCAAAACCAAGACUGAGCCAAAACCUGGUUCUGUGUUCUGGAGUCGGUUCUGUUGGUUCUGCUUUUAGUCUUUUGGGUUUUCAGCUGUGGUUUGUCUCCUCCCAGCCUCCGUACGCUGAGAUCGUCGAUGAGUGUACGAAGUACAUCUGCGUCAACAACCAGCUGGUCCUCUUCAACAAAUCCCAGAGCUGCCCCUUCACCUCAGACCCGCCCAACUGCGGCCUCCUCGGCUUCGCCAUCCUGAUCAACGGGGACAAGUGCUGUCCGAAGUGGGACUGUCCGUGUGAGGAAAACUGGUUCUUGAUGAUCCAGACCAGAAUAUUUCCCUGCUGAGGUGGACCUGAAUCCGGUUCCAGGUUUUCUCUGACCUCUGGUUUCGUUUCAGGUCGCUGCUCCAUGUUUCCGGAUUUAAACGUCAUCACCUUCGACGGGAACAGCGUCGCCGUCUACAAAGCUGCGUCAUACGUGGUGACUCAGCUGCCCAACGAGACCGUCAGCGUCCUGGUCCAGGAGUGUCCCGCUGACUCGGAGUCUCCGGUGAGUAGACGUCACGUCUUACAGGUGUCAGUGAUUUGGUUGGUUCUGGUUCUGAUUUUCUGCUUCUUCUCCAGCUCCUCUGGAACUUCACAAACCUGUGUCUGGUGGCGCUCAACAUCACCCACAACUCCAACCACAUCAUCGUCGACCGGCUGCAGCGGAGGGUAAAGAAACGCGAGUUUAGUCGAGGUUUGAGGAAUCAGGAACUCAGAGUGAAAAUAAUAAAUCUGUUUGUUUGUUUGUUUAUUUGUUCGUCUGUUUGUUCGUCUGUUUGUUUGUUUGUUUGUCUGUUUGUUUGUUUGUUUGUUUGUUUGUCUGUUUGUUUGUUUGUUUGUUCGUCUGUUUGUUUGUUUGUUUGUUUGUUUGUUUGUCUGUUUGUUUGUUUGUUUGUUCGUCUGUUUGUUUGUUUGUUUGUCUGUUUGUUUGUUUGUUUGUUUGUUCGUCUGUUUGUUUGUUUGUUCGUCUGUUUGUUUGUUUGUUUGUUUGUUUGUUCGUCUGUUUGUUUGUUUGUUCGUCUGUUUGUUUGUUUGUUUGUUCGUCUGUUUGUUUGUUUGUUUGUUUGUUUGUUUGUUCGUCUGUCUGUCUGUCUGUCUGUUUGUUUGUUUGUUUGUUUGUUUGUUUGUUUGUUCGUCUGUUUGUUUGUCUGUCUGUCUGUCUGUUUGUUUGUUUGUUUGUUUGUUUGUUUGUCUGUUUGUUUGUCUGUUUGUUUGUUUGUUUGUUUGUUUGUUUGUUUGUUUGUUUGUUUGUUUGUCUGUUUGUUUGUUUGUUUGUUUGUUUGUCUGUUUGUUUGUUUGUUUGUUUGUUUGUCUGUUUGUUUGUUUGUCUGUUUGUUUGUUUGUUUGUUUGUCUGUUUGUUUGUUUGUUUGUUUGUUCGUCUGUUUGUUUGUUUGUUUGUUCGUCUGUUUGUUUGUUUGUUUGUUUGUUCGUCUGUUUGUUUGUUUGUUUGUCUGUUUGUUUGUUUGUUCGUCUGUUUGUUUGUUUGUUUGUUUGUUUGUUCGUCUGUUUGUUUGUUUGUUCGUCUGUUUGUUUGUUUGUUUGUUCGUCUGUUUGUUUGUUUGUUUGUUUGUUCGUCUGUCUGUCUGUCUGUCUGUUUGUUUGUUUGUUUGUUUGUUUGUUUGUUUGUUCGUCUGUUUGUCUGUCUGUCUGUCUGUCUGUUUGUUUGUUUGUUCGUCUGUUUGUUUGUUUGUCUGUUUGUUUGUUUGUUUGUUUGUUUGUCUGUUUGUUUGUUUGUUUGUCUGUUUGUUUGUUUGUUUGUUUGUUUGUUUGUUUGUUUGUUUGUUUGUUUGUUUGUUUGUCUGUUUGUUUGUUUGUUUGUUUGUUUGUUUGUUUGUCUGUUUGUUUGUUUGUUUGUUUGUCUGUUUGUUUGUUUGUUUGUUUGUUUGUUUGUUUGUUUGUUUGUUUGUUUGUUUGUUUGUUUGUUUGUUGUCUGUUUGUUUGUUUGUUUGUUUGUCUGUUUGUUUGUUUGUUUGUUUGUUCGUCUGUUUGUUUGUUUGUUUGUUCGUCUGUUUGUUUGUUUGUUUGUUUGUUCGUCUGUUUGUUUGUUUGUUUGUCUGUUUGUUUGUUUGUUUGUCUGUUUGUUUGUUUGUUUGUCUGUUUGUUUGUUUGUUUGUUUGUUUGUUUGUUCGUUCGUCUGUUUGUUUGUUUGUUUGUUUGUUCGUCUGUCUGUUUGUUUGUUUGUUUGUUUGUUUGUCUGUUUGUUUGUUUGUUUGUUCGUUCGUUUGUUCGUCUCUCAGCUCUACGUGAACUCUCGGUACGCCCGACCUCGGUUCAAGAAGUUCGGCUUUGAGAUCUACGACACAGGAAACAUGUACCUGAUCCGCAGCCCGGCUGGUCUGAAACUGCAGUGGUACCACAGUACGGGGAUGAUGGUGAUCGACACCGAUGGGUCCAGCAACAAACUCCCCACCAUGGGACUCUGUGGUAAGACCAUCAGCCGGACCUGGUUUCUGAUGUAGUCCCUUAAACAGUCCAACAGUUUUUCCUCUUUCUGGAUCGUCUCAGAGGUUUAAAGAGGAGUUCUCAAAGUGAAGUCCAGACUCAGGGUCCGACUCUGCUGGGUUUCUCUCUGGUUCUGUCCAUCUAGACUAUAGAGACUCCCUCCAUGAAGUUCCAUGACAGAGAAGUGAAUCUAGAUUAUUUUAUAUCCUCCAGGUUUCUGUGACGGAGACCCGACAAACGACCUGACUUUGGCCAACGGCACCACCGUGGGGGUCCAUGAAGACCCGGCCCUUUUCAUCGACAGCUGGCAGGUUCCCAACACCACCAGCUACGUCAGCAACAGCCGCCGCCGAGAGCUCAACUGCUCCACCAGCGACUGCUCCAGCUGCCUCCACAUGCUGCAGAACGACGCCUUCACUCGCUGCCACGCCUUUGUACGUCAGCUGAUCGAGUCUGAGUAUCAGUUAAAACAUUUUGAAAUUAGUUUAAACUUUUACUUCCCCUGGUUCAAAACAGUCCACUCACUCAUUAAAUCAUGUUUUAAAACGUCCGUCUGUUUCCAGGUCCCUCCCAGCACCUUCUGUGAGGUUUGGAUACGAGACGCAGAGUAUGUCAACAACCAGUGUGUGGCGCUGGCUGCGUACGUCGCUUCUUGUCAUAAAUUCAACAUCUGCCUGGAGUGGAGGAGACCAGAUUACUGCCGUAAGACUUAAGUCGUCUCGUAGCUCGGUCGACUUCGACAGUAAAGUUUUAAAGUCACUUUUAACCUGAUAGAGGAAGUUUGCAAAGAUUAAAAACUCUGAAUAAAGAUGUUUUUGUUUUUCUGGACUGUCUUCAUGUCUGUGUCGGUCUCUCUUCCUGCAGCUUUCCUCUGUCCCGGGUCUCUGCGGUAUCAGGCCUGUCUGCCCACCUGCACGUCUCAGUCCUGUCCGAAUCACGACUUUGACUCAGACCCAGACCAGUGUUCAGGACUGACGGAGGGCUGCGUGUGCCCAGAGGGGACGCUCCUCCACCGACCCUACUCCGCCCUCUGCAUCCCACCUGAGAAGUGUGGUAAGACUCUGGAGUACAGACCUAAAGUCUACGUUUAUUUCAGGACAAGUUCAGGUUGUAGAAGUAAAAGUUUUAAUACCUCUUCAGCUCUGUCUGUCUGUAACCUCUGACUGAACUUUGGCGUCUGCAGCUUGCACUGACAGCUCAGGCGUUCCUCGUUCACACGGCGAGGUCUGGAAAGCCUCGAAGGACGCCUGCUGCAUGUACCGCUGCGACAACGACACCAUCGUCCCCGUCGAGUACAACUGCUCCAACAUGGCCGCCCCCGUGUGCCAUCGAGCCGGAGAGGUGAUCAUCAGCCUGGCCGACGACACCAGCUGCUGUCCGCAGAAAGUCUGCAGUGAGUCCAGAGUCUGUUUGAGUCAGAGGAGGAGGAUCUAGGUAUGAUAUAUCUAUAAUAACUGAUCAUGUGACCUCUGCAGUGUGUAACCAGAGCCUGUGUGAGCUGAUCCCACCUGAGUGUAAAUAUGGAGAGAAGCUGGUCUCCUACUUCAGACAGGACUCUUGUUGUCCGGACUACGUGUGCGGUGAGUUUACCGAUCAAAUCCAGUUAAUCGAGCGACUGAAACCAUCAGACUAACCCUCAACUUCCACCGCAUCUGGAACGGCUACGAAAAGGCCGAGUCGCCGAUCGCAAAUGAUCUUUUCCUUUGGAGUUAUUCACCUCAUGAACGGAUCCAGUUGGAAUUGACGUACGGCAAAAAUCAGGGCCGUUCCGGAUGUGUUGGAAAUCCGGGGUAAACCGUCAGAUCCACCAGAUGAAGAAAUGAACCCGUGACUUUUAAAGUUUAGUCAUCAGGUACAGAGAAACAGACCAAACUGGGGUCUGAAGAUCAGCCACUGACCCCGAUAACAGACUGGAAGUUCUGGUUUUUAGGUCAUGGGUUUUUUUUUGUUAGAAAUGAAGCUCAAUUUCUGCUGGAGCAAAAGUCACAAUGAUCCUCAGUGUUCAGAUAUAAAACCAUCUUUAAUAACCCUGGACAAGAAAACAUAAGUGUGUGUGUGUGUGUGUGUGUGUGUUACAGAGUGUGAUCCUGAACUCUGUGAGUCCGACGUACCCGCCUGCAGAGAAGACCAGACCCUGAUCGCCACCAGAGCUGACGGCAGCUGCUGCCUCGCCCACAUCUGCAGUCAGUUCAGACACCUGAGAUCUUCUCUGUUCAAAAUCCAGCUGUAGGUCUGAGUCCAGAGAUGACGUGUGUGUGUGUGUGUGUGUGUGUGUGUGUGUGUGUGUGUGUGUGUGUGUGUUUCCUGCUGCAGUGUGUUCUUCAUGUGUGGAGACGCCCCCUGUCUGUCAGGAUGGAGAGGUGCUGACGGUUGACGGUAACACCACAGACCACUGCUGCCCGUCGUACCAGUGUGGUGAGAGGAGCACACACACACACACACACACAGACAAUAACAGCAGCUUGAACACACACACACACUAACAUCAGCUUUGUGAACUCUGUGUGUGUGUGUGUGUGUGUGUGUGGUGUCAGUGUGUGAGCCCUACAGGUGUCCUCAGCUGAGCUGUCCUGUGGGGAUGUCGGUGUCGUCUUCGUCCUCUCCAGGCCGCUGUUGUCCAAACCAAACAUGUGGUACGACUUCAGAGCGGGAAAUCUAGAGUCCAGAGUUAGAGCACAUCUAGUUUGAGACGUAGAUCUGUAAUCUAGAUAUCUAAUCUUCUGAUUCAGGGUUGGCUUUUCAGGCACGUGUAUAAAUCACACAGAGAACUCAGUGAUGAAAGUAAAUAUUUGUCUUUAACAAAAGUUCUCCAGACUGAUGAAAACGUUUGAUCCAUGGUGUUAUAGAGGAUGAUAGUUUCUGUGUCUGAACUCAGAUGUUUGUGUGACCUGGAUCAUCUGUGUUUGUGUGUUUUCAGAGUGUUCCUGUGAGAAGAUCACCUCCCCCAAAUGUGGCCUGGUGAGUCUGCCUGUCUGUGAAAACACAGAGUUUUUUCUUCUGAUUGAACCAGGAAAGAGAUCUAUAUGUGACAGCUGAGAGAUCUAUAUGUGACAGCUGAGAGAUCUAUAUGUGUGUUAGAGUCUGAAAUCCUGAUCAGCCCCUUAAAACCAUGAAAAACUCAGUUGUAGAUGAAACAUCUUCAGAAAUGUUGAAGUGUUUAUACGAAGCCACAAAGGGUUAACUGUCCACGCUGAGCUGUGUUAACGUCUGUGCGUCUCUGAUUCUGUUGUUGUUCUGUAGGGAGAGGCCGCUCAGCUGGACCGAACCUUCCUGUCCGACCCACAGAACCAGUGUGCCUGCAAGAGAUACAAGUGUGGUGAGUUCUGCAGGGGUGGUGGUCCAGACUCAGACCGGUCCUGAGGAGGAAACUGCAGAUUUUAAUAAACAUAAAAAACAAAGACUGGAGUUAAAUUUGAUCUCCUCCUUUAAAGUGACAAAAGUAAAUAAUAAAAGUGUUUAUUUCUGAAACUGCUGCCGACGGUCGACGUCUGAAUUUUCUCCGUAUGAAACUGAAACAGCCUGUUCUGAUCUCUGAGUGAUCCAAACCCUCAGGAGGUUAGAGAUGAAAAACUAGAAUCUGAUGCAGUCCAACCUUUGACCUUCCAUCUGUGUGUGCGUUCAGUGCGAGAGGCGGUGUGUGUGUUUGGCGAGCGCAGCGUGUUGCGGCCGGGUCAGACUCUGGUGGAGCACGGCGAGGACGGUUUGUGUCACAGCAGGCAGUGCAGCCGCAGCCUCGACCCGAGCAGCGGCUUCCACCUGCUCCGCACCAGCAGCAUCAACUGCUCCGCCCACUGUCGACCGGUAAGAUCACCGCACACACACACACACACACACACACACACUGACAUGUUGGCGUUUGUUCCAGAAUCAGAUGUACGUCCCUCCGAAGGAUCAGUCGACCUGCUGUGGAGUUUGUAAGAAUAUUUCCUGCCUCUAUGAACACGAGAAUGGAACAACAGUUCUCUACAAGGUCAGGAUCUAAACCGGAUUAAACCAGAUUAAACCAGAUUAAACCAGAUUGAUCUCACACAGUUAAAGGGAUUAAUCAUUUCUGAUGUUGUCGGUGUCUCUCAGCCUGGGAGGUCCUGGGUUUCAAACUGUAUGAAGUUUGACUGCACUGACACUCUGUCUGGACCCACACUCAUCUCCUACUCCUUCAGCUGUCCACCGUUCAACGAGACCGAGUGUAUGAAGGUCAGCGUGCAGCAGCAGCACACACACACACACACACACACACACACACACACACACACACACACACACACACACACACACACACAUGCAUGCAGUGUUGGGACAGUUCACUUUCUACUCGAACACAAAGUUCAAAGUUCAGUUUAAAGUGAACUCGUUCAUCGUUCAUAAUUCCUCAUUUUGAGGACAGCGCCCUCUGGUGACGGGCUGCAGUAUAGGUCAUAAACCCCGCCUCCUUAUGGAGCUGUGGACAAACUUUAUAAAUGAAUGACACAGAAUAUAAAUGUUUCUCCCCCCUGGUUGUGAUGUUGACAUGUAGUUACUGUCAGACUGGUUUGUGCUCAAGUCCUCUUUUUUCUGUACAGCUCCGUUUUUAAAAGUUAUUAGGGGGUUCAUGUUUGCUAUGAUUGACACCUGAUACAGCCAAUGGGAGGACAGAGAUUGGACCUCAGAAACUGCACUAACCUUACCAGAUUCAAAACCCAACUCAAAACCCACCUUUUCCGCACUGUUUUUCAUCUUCCUUAGCCCCCCCCCCCCUGUUGUUUGUUGAUUUUACCUGAUUUUACUUGAUUUUAUUUGAUACUGAUGUAUCUUAUUGUAUAUUGAUGUAUGUUUUUAUUCAUGUACAGUGUCUUAGAAUAGAAUAGAAUAGAAUAUUCCUUUAUUGAUCCCCCAUGGGGGAAAUUUUUUUGUCACAGCAGCAUCACAGACAAGACAAAAAGUGCAAAAAUGCAGUUAUAACAAUAAGGAUCCUAAUAUUAAGAACUUAAAUAAAUGUAAUAAUUAAGAAAAAAAAUUGAAAAGGGAGAAGAAAAAAUAAAGCUUUCUACAAUAUACACAAUUUAAAUGCCAUUGAGUUUGUGAAAAGCGCUUUACAAAUAAAAUGUAUUAGGGAUUGAGUAGAUCACCGGGGGAUACGCUGUUUGAGCCGAGCAUCAUCUUGGUGACUCUCCCGCCAAAAGUGCACAACGCCACUGCGCAAUGUUGGUUUGAGGAAGUGGAGAAAAACGCAGAAUUACCGAGAACUUUUCAGCUUCACAUCCACAUGUCUAUGUCUGACAGUCUAUGAUUAAAACACUCUGUACAGAGGUUUUUCUUUGUUCCUGUCCUAACACUGUGACUCUCCUCUGCUCUCAGAUCGGCGGGACUGUCGUAAGUUAUAUGGACGGAUGCUGUAAGACGUGUGAGUAUCUGAUCUGAGCGCAGCUGCUGUCGUAGUUAGCGUAGCUCUGUAGGCUGCAGCUGACACUGAAGAGCAUCUUCAUCUGCUGCUCAACAUGUUCCCGACAUGUUUGCCCUUCAGUUUGGAGCAGAACCGGGUCCCAGCUCUGGUGUCUGUCUGCUGUUUGUCAGAAUAGGGAGGUCUGUCAGCGUGCUUUUCAGUGGGCGGGGCUGGACUUGAAAAGAGUGUCACUGAAAAGCAUCUGAUUGAAUAGAAAGGAGGUUUGUGGUUUGAUGUGCUGCAGCUUACCAUCAUGUACCGAUCCCACCAGGUACUGGAUUCUCUCUGUUCCCCUUCCCCACUAGCCCCCUGACUCCCACAGUAGACACAAACUGUGAACGAGGUACAUCCAACAACAACAACAAGGCUUGUCAGUGCCAUUGUUGAUAUUCAACAAUGUACUCCCUCCAAAAAGACAUAGAGACGAAACACGACCACGUCACUCUGAACCCCGCCCCCUCCUCCAGAUGAGUCCUCUCAGCUGUCGUCUCAUUUCAGGUCUGUGUGCAUCAGUGACAGACUAAACCGAACGAAAACGCCGUUAUCGUGGUUGAAUUACGAGAACUAAAGUGGGCGGGGACACGAUCCUAAAAAUGAGGCCACACUUGAGAGGACAGGACCAGAUUUUGACCCUCCGCCCCCCCCUCCCCGUGGAUCCACCACAGUUGAACUCUUUCCCCAUUAGCACUGUCUGGGCAGUGCAUUGUUGAUUGCCAACAAUGUACUGUUGGUAGACGCCCAGUAGUCGGGCUUAGACGUCUGUACGUGUCUGUAGAUCCUGUUUUUUUUUCUUUUUUUGGUGUGGGUUUUUUUUUUUUCUUUCUGUGAACCGAGUAGCUGCUGUAGAAGAUCUGCAUGCUGCAAGGCUUCCUCACCACCAGGGGGAGCUGUGUGGGAAACUAAAGCUGCUCUGUGAGGCAUUUACAGGAUGAUAAACGAGAACUGAAGGUGAAGGUGUUAGAGUUUAUUUCUUUAACCCUUAAAUCCAGAAAGGUUGUUGAUAAAAACAGAAGUUGGUGUUUUCUGAAGAUCAUUAAACUAAGAGACGAUACGUCACGUGACCACAACGUGAAGUUAUUAAAGAUAGAAACAGAAACAAGUUCAUCAGCUGUUUGGAGUCUGAGCUUGGACUGACGGGUCAUCAGCGCCCCUGAAGGUCCAGUCUGGAUUGGUCCAGUAGAGUUUUCUUCUUCUCCUUCAGAGUUUCUGCUCGGACAUAAAAAACCUUAAAUCGUCUAAAAUCCAAUAAUUUGAAUUUAAGGCCUUAAAAUGUCUAAAAUUCUCUUAAAACCUCAUAAAAUGUCUUAAAUACUAAUUUAAAAGGUCUUAUAGAUGUAUUGUUGUUUCUUAGAAAUCAAGAUUGAUUUAAAGUUAGUUUAAGAUGUUCAGAUUUCCCUUCAUGUCUUUUGUACUUUUUUGUCAGUACUGAUGUAAAAUGGAUCGUAAAUUAUAUUCACUGUGGUCUUAAAAAAGUCUUAAAAGGUCUUAAAUUUGACUUGUUGAAACCUGCAGAGACCCUGUCCUCAGUCCUUCUUAAAACGUGUCCUGAGCGGUCGAGUGUUUCCUCUUUGAUGGUUCAGUUUUAACCUCGUCGUGGAUGCAGCGAUGCUCACAUAUACAUAUAUUCUGAGAUGUUUCUCCUCUUUUUUAAAGCAGCACAGUUUUUUGAGUUUUUAGUCAUCCUAACCUUUUUAAAACUCCUGGAGUCAAAUUCAAAAUGAGUUCAAAAUUUAUUAUAAACCCAUAAAAUAUUUGAGUUUCAAACUUUGAUUUUCUUCUUCAUUAUUUUCAAAUAAAUUUGGAGUUAAAAUGAUUUUAAAAACACCAAAACUGUUUUUACCAUCCUUUUACUCGGCGUCCUAACCUUCUGGAUUUCAGGUCAUAAAAGAGUUCUUAGAGGAGACAGAAUUUAAAGUUUUAUGAAUUAGAUUUUAUUGACCGUAGAAAAACAGGGUCUCUGUGACUGAGAGGUGGAUGUUUGGUCGAUGCCUCACACUGCAGCUUUGACCUGAUGCUGUUUUUGAGUCGAUCACAGAUGUUGGUGAAGCAUGUUCACAUAAAACGGUUUAAAAGGACGUUUUUAAAGUUUUUUCAUUUACUGCAUGAAGGAGCUCAUCUUCCCUUAAAGUCACACAUUUCUUUAUAAACUUUUGUUCCUCUGACAUGAAGUUUCAUCUUCUCUCCAUGACUAACCAGAGAUCCUCCUCCUCCUCUUCCUCCUCUUCUUCAUUUUCUAACUCCAGCUUUUAAACAUGCUUCGUCUAAAACGCGUCCACAGCUUCAGCAUGAUCCGACCGCAGCACCCACCAGGACUCUUGCUUGUUGCCGUCUGUUUAUUUAUUUGGGGAACUGUUGGUUCGUUCGCUUUGCUCCGACUGAUUGGUUUUGUUUCAUGCGACCAGGCAAAGAAGACGGGAAGUCGUGUCAGAAGGUCACGGUGAGGAUGACCAUCAGGAAGAACGACUGUCGCAGCAACAGGCCGGUACGUUGGACGAAGAGACGGUCCUUUAUCAUGAUUCAAAGAGGAGCGAAUCAGUCUGUUAACAAAUUAUUAUUAUUAUUUUUAUUUUUUUUUUAACAACCUGUUUAUUGAAUUUUCAACCUUUUCAACCAAUUUUUUCCUAAAACAUAAAAUAAACUAUAUGUGAAAGUUUGAGGCUCAAACGUACUUAACAAAUAUUCAAGAUAAAUGAAGAUAAAUGCCUGUAAACGUAAACAUAUAUGUCAAUAAAUAAAUAAAAAUAGUCAAAUAUAACCCGCGUGAUUAAACAACAUCAACAGAACAAUUCCACCAUGAAGGCGACUCCUAAAAACCUACAUCAUGAACCAUAAGAUGCUUUUUAAUGAUCAGUAAAGUGUUAGUUCAGUUACAGAGGUUACGACUGAACUCCCCGAUCUAAAUCCAACAUACUGGAAAAGUUUUUGUCUCUUAGAAAAUCUAUAAAUGAGCCUCAGAUGUGUUGAAACUGUUCUUGAUUAUCUUUAAUAAUGAAUGUGAUUUUUCCAGAGGUUCACAUGUUGACGUUUCUUUAAUCCACCGUCCAAUUCUUGGUCCAAUGCUGCUGAUCUUUUGGGAGUCUGUAACAGACACAAGUCUGUAAAUAUCUGUUCUCUACCUUUUAUUUUAUAUUCCUUUUGAAUAGAUGCUAAGAAUGAGGAAUCUUGGUUCUGCUACUAAGUGGAUUAAAAGUCUCUCCUGAAUUAAACGACCAAAACUCUGUGAUCCUCGGGAACUUCCAAAUGCCAUGAAAGAGAGUUACGAUUCAGUUAGUUCCAUUUUUCCACUCUCAUUAUCCACUUGUACCGCAGGAGUACCCUUCUUGUAGUGGUAGUUAGAGUUUGAGCCUCCCUACAUGCCGUGUACCGAACAUAUUUAGAAGAUUCGACCGUUUCUGUUCUGGUGAAGAAGAGCACAAAGUUAUUGAGAACGGUGUGAACGCCUGCUGAAAUGAUCCCACUGAGGUGUACGAUAACCAGGUCUACAGCUGACGCGUCCUCCCAACCUACUUGUUUCCCAUGUGUAAAUGAAACAGUUUGUCCAAGUCACAUUUUCUUUCUUUGUUUGUCUCCUGUUAAAGAGACUAAAUGCAAAAUAAAGACUAAAGCAAAUUCCAACAAACGGCGACGACCGGAUGAUAAAGAUAUAGAUGUAAAUGAUGUAGAUGAUGGUCAAAAAACUCCUCUAGCUACCAACACACCUGCGUCUUCUUCUAUUUAUAACAAACCAAACCCAAGACUUCACACACCUGAAAUAUGUUUCAAAACACAAAAACAAAGAAAACACAGUAAACGACUCGAACACGGUGAGUCAAACAGGCUGAACUGAGAAACAUCAAAAAUCUCCUGUAGCACCAGAAAGAGAGACCAGAGUGUCGUCAGCAAACAGACUGAACAUCUAAGAAUAACUCUGUCAGUCCUCUGUCUUCCCUCUGUUCUAACUCCGUGUUUCUUCCAGGUCAACAUCGUGUCAUGUGACGGGAAGUGUCCGUCGGCCAGCAUCUACAACUACAACAUCAACACGUACGCUCGCUUCUGCAAGUGCUGCAGGGAGACGGGGCUGCAGCGGCGCUCUGUGCAGCUCUACUGCAGCAGCAACGCAACCUGGGUCAGCUACACCAUCCAGGAGCCCACCGACUGCUCCUGCCAGUGGUCCUGAUCCAUCUCACACA